AUGUCUGGACUCGACAACGCAAUCCUGGAUGGUAGUCCACUCGCCAGUCCCAUCGCAUCUGUCUCAGGUACCGAGCCUCUGGAUGUCGCUGCCAGACGUGCUGCAGCGAUCAAAGGUCCCAAUGGAGUCCGCUCGCCAGUGAUGUCUCGUUCACCCUCCAUCUCCAGCCACCAGAGAGGCAUUCAUUCCCUACCUCCGGCCACCCCCUCCGUGCCGGCGCUUGAAGAUCUAUAUACUGCAUCUCCUGGCGAAAGCGAGGAUGGCAAUCAUGUGGUUCGCGAGGGACUGUCAAAGAAGAUGAUGGUUCUCGAGCUCGCCGAUGGUACCAUUUAUCAAGGCUAUGGCUUUGGUGUAUCCGGUAAAAGCAUCAGCGGAGAAUGUGUCUUCCAAACAGGGAUGGUUGGCUACCCCGAGUCUCUAACCGACCCUUCAUACAAAGGCCAAAUCCUGGUUCUGACGUACCCAUUGAUCGGCUCAUAUGGCGUACCCAAACGAGAAGACAUAUUCUUACCGACCCAGUUUGAGUCCUCUCAAAUCCACGUGGCCGCCUUGGUCGUCGGCUCUUAUAGUGGUGACCGGGAAGACUUCAGUCAUCAUCUCGCCGAAAGCCCACUCGGUCAAUGGCUCCAAGAGCAAGGAAUCCCCGCUAUCUAUGGCGUUGAUACUCGAGCACUGACAAAAAAGAUCAGGGAACGGGGUGUUAUGCUCGCCAAAUUACUCGCCAAGUCCGUUUCCCCACCCACAUCCUCAAGCAACGGUUCACUACAGAAGACACCUCUUUCAAGACUCAGUGGUAUGGGCCCCUCCCGCGAAUCAUGGCGCGCUGAAUAUAUCGACAUCCCACUUCACGAUCACAAUGCCGAUAAUCUCGUUCAAGUUGUCUCCCGGACUAAGCCGACCUUGUAUCAACCCCAGCACCUACCGGCUCAUGAUCAGCCAGCUCAAAUCCUCCAGCACCAUUCCAAAUCAAGACCUUUACGGAUCUUGUCAUUGGAUGUUGGGAUGAAAUACAAUCAAAUCCGUUGUUUCUUGCGUCGUGGAGUCGAAGUGCUGGUCGUUCCCUGGGAUCACGACUUUUUAAACCCAUCCGUCCAAGAACCUGGAUCGUUUGAUGGGCUUUUUAUCUCAAACGGGCCAGGAGAUCCCAAGCUGGCCGAAGCCCCCAUCCUUCGGAUCCGUCAAGCGGUGGAGAUGAAAGCUUUCCCUAUCUUUGGGAUUUGCUUAGGUCAUCAGUUGCUCGCGUUGGCAGUUGGCGCCAAGACACUGAAACUCAAGUACGGGAAUCGAGGCCAGAACAUACCUUGCACUGACCUCCAAUCAGGUAGAUGCUACAUCACGUCGCAAAAUCAUGGAUAUGCCGUCGACACCGCAUCGCUUCCCGAGGACUGGAAAGAGCUCUUUGUCAAUGCGAACGAUCAGAGCAACGAAGGUAUCUACUCAACCCGCUACCCGUACUUCAGUGUCCAGUUCCAUCCCGAAAGUGCGCCUGGUCCACAAGAUACCGAAUUCCUGUUUGAUGUCUUUGUCAAAAGUGUCACUUCCUUCGCGCAAGACGGUACCUUCCUGCCCGUCACAAUGCCCGGAGGCAGUGCCCACGAAAAUAGCCUGAAGAACCCGAAAGUUCACGUCAAGAAGGUUCUCGUCCUGGGUAGUGGUGGUUUGUCGAUCGGUCAGGCCGGUGAAUUUGACUAUUCUGGAAGCCAGGCAAUCAAGGCCCUUCAAGAAGAAGGCAUUUACACGAUUCUGAUCAAUCCAAACAUUGCGACUAUCCAGACAAGCAAAGGAUUGGCCGAUAAGGUUUACUUCCUGCCCGUCACCCCUGAGUUCGUUCGGAAAGUGAUCCGACAUGAGCGCCCGGACGGAAUCUAUUGCACCUUCGGGGGCCAAACUGCCCUCUCGGUUGGAAUCGCCUUGAAGGACGAGUUCGAAGGAUUGGGAGUGAAGGUAUUGGGGACUCCGAUCUCUACUGUCAUCACCACCGAAGACAGGGAGCUGUUCGCCAGCGCGAUGGCCGAGAUUGGCGAGAAGUGUGCCACCAGCGCUUCUGCGACGUCCAUCGAGGAGAGUCUCAAAGCCGCCAAUCAGAUCGGCUAUCCCGUCAUCGUCCGGGCUGCCUUUGCGCUCGGGGGCUUGGGAAGUGGCUUCGCGAACAACGAUGAAGAGCUCCGAGAAUUGUGUGACAAGGCUUUUGCGAUCAGCACCCAGGUGCUUAUCGAAAGGAGUAUGAAAGGAUGGAAGGAGGUUGAGUAUGAGGUCGUGAGGGACUGCAGAGACAACUGCAUCACCGUUUGUAACAUGGAGAACUUCGACCCACUGGGCAUCCAUACAGGUGAUUCAAUCGUCGUUGCGCCUUCUCAAACGCUCUCUGAUGCCGAUUAUCAGAUGCUCCGAACUACGGCUAUCAAUGUCAUCCGUCAUCUUGGAGUAGUUGGUGAAUGCAACAUUCAGUAUGCCCUCAAUCCCCGCUCGAAGGAAUACGCCAUCAUCGAAGUCAAUGCCCGUCUGUCGCGUUCUUCGGCUCUGGCCUCCAAGGCGACCGGAUAUCCCCUGGCAUUCAUCGCUGCCAAGUUGGGACUGGGUAUCCCAUUGAAUGAGAUUCGCAAUUCGGUCACCAAAGUGACGUCCGCCUGCUUCGAGCCCAGCUUGGAUUAUUGCGUCGUCAAAAUGCCGAGGUGGGACUUGAAGAAGUUCCAGCGUGUGUCCAGCAAGCUUGGUAGUUCUAUGAAGUCGGUCGGAGAAGUCAUGGCCAUCGGUCGUACCUUCGAAGAGGCGAUCCAAAAAGCCAUCCGGUCCGUCGAUCCGGCAUUCACCGGCUUCGAUAAAAAUUCGAUCGUAAGCCAAGAUGAACUCAAGCAAGAAUUGACCCAGCCAACCGAUCGAAGAAUCUUCGCCAUCGCUAAUGCCUUCAAUGAGGGAUGGACUCUCGAAGAAGUGUGGGAGAUGACGCGAAUCGAUAAAUGGUUCCUCCACAAGCUCAAACAUCUGGUCACGAUGGAAAACAUUGUCCGGAAGUAUCACGCCUCCAACUUCCCUGUCAACUUGCUCCGUUACACCAAGCAACUCGGUUUCUCGGACAACCAACUUUCCCGAUUCUUGAAUUCAAAUGAGUUGGCCAUCCGUCGUCUACGUGUUGAAUUUGGCAUCAUGCCCUUCGUCAAGCAAAUCGAUACCGUAGCUGCGGAGUUCCCGGCAUUCACGAACUAUCUAUUCACCUCCUACAAUGCUACAGAGCACGAUGUCACUUUUGAGGACCGAGGGAUUAUUGUUUUGGGAUCUGGUGUUUACCGCAUCGGCUCUUCAGUGGAAUUUGAUUGGUGUGCAGUGCGAGCCAUUCGCACCCUGCGUGGUCGUGGGCUACGUACUGUGAUGGUCAACUAUAACCCAGAAACAGUCUCGACCGAUUUCGACGAGGCAGAUCGACUAUACUUCGAAAACAUCAGCCUUGAGACUGUCCUGGACAUUUACGACACCGAGAAGUCUAGCGGAGUGAUCGUUUCGAUGGGCGGGCAAACCCCGAAUAACAUUGCAUUGCCCCUGCACCGCCAGAAUGUCAAGAUUCUCGGAACUUCUCCUGAAAUGAUCGAUAACGCCGAGAACCGAUACAAAUUUUCCCGAAUGCUCGACAAGAUUGGCGUUGACCAGCCCCGAUGGAAAGAGCUGACGACCAUCGAAGAAGCCCACCUUUUCUGUGAAACUGUGGGCUACCCAGUUCUUGUUAGGCCAUCCUAUGUGCUCUCUGGCGCCGCGAUGAAUGUCGCAUAUUCAGCAGAUGACCUGUCUGCCUAUCUCGCCCAAGCCGCACAAGUCUCGCGCGAAUAUCCGGUAGUGGUCACCAAAUACAUCGAAGGAGCCAAAGAAAUCGAGAUGGAUGCUGUCGCUCGCCACGGAAAAUUGAUCAUGCAUUACGUAUGUGAGCACGUGGAAAACGCCGGGGUUCACUCGGGCGAUGCUACCUUGAUUCUCCCCCCUCAAGAUCUUGACCCCGAGACGGUGCGAAGGAUCGAGAUCGCGACCGAGAAAAUCGGUAAUGCGCUCAACAUCACCGGUCCCUUUAACAUCCAGUUCAUUGCCAAAAACAAUGAAAUUAAGCAAGGGAAAGUUGACCUGUUCAUCAACCUACCCUCCCGAAACAGGUUCAGGCGUCCACAGCAACACAUCUCACUGGGCUACCGAGCCCGACGAACCGCUAUCGACCACGCCAUUCCCCUGAUAACCAAUGUGAAGAACGCGAAAAUCUUGAUCGAGGGUCUCGCCAGAUACCCCACACUCUCAAUCAGCUCGAUAGAUGCUAAAUCCUCGCAUCGGACCAUCAGGCUUCCCGGACUCGUUGACUCUGCUUGCUUCGUCAAUUCUCUCAUCUCUCCAAGCUCGGAUUCCUUGGAGCAAACUACAGCAACCGCGGUCAAAGCGGGCUUCCUUACUCUGUUGGUCUCCGGUAUUGGCGGUGAUGGACGUAUCGACGAUAGCAAGAAUUUAGCUCUGGUCAAGUCAUCCAUCGCGACUCGUGCCCAUUGUAACUACAGCUUUGUCGUUGCCGCAACCGCCCAUAACGUCAACUCUCUUGAAGGACCGGAUAUCAGUCUGGCCAGUGCUUUGAUGCUCCCGUUUGAGCGUGAUUGGAAUGGCGCUAAUCAGGCUGUGGCUAUUGCCGCCCAUUUCAACCAUUGGCCGGUGGACAAGCCAAUCCUGACCGACGCGAAGACUACAAACCUCGCCUCCAUCUUACUCUUUGCCAGUCUUCACAAUCGCAGUGUUCAUGUCCUCGAUGUUCGCACGGCUGCCGAUAUCGAGUUGAUAUCUUUGAGCAAGCAGAAGGGAUUGAAAGUCACCGCUGACGUGACGAUCUACACAUUGUUUUUAAAUCAAUCAAUGUACCCUCAAGCUCAGUGCUUACCAACCGUUGAGGAUCAGGACGUGAUUUGGGAACAUCUGGAACAUAUCGACACGCUCUCUGUCGGUCGACUACCUUUCGAGUUGGCUCAAGAGCUAGGAAAACCUUACACCCCAGGAGAUGGAUAUGCAGAAUGCAUCCAACUACUUUUAUCCGCCCUCAGCCAAGGUAAACUAACUCUAGAGGACAUAACCCUUCGAUGUUCCGAAAACCCUGCUCGAAUAUUCCAUCUGCCUCCUCUGGUGGACACCUACGUUGAAGUGGAAGUUGACCGUAGCCACAGGUUCACCAGCAGUAAUUGGUCACCAUUACAAGACCAAAUGUUCAAUGGCCACGUCCACCGUGUCGUCUUCCAGGAAGAAACUGUUUGUCUCGACGGUUUCUCUCACUCCAAACCAGGUACAGGAAGGCACCUCAACCAGGCUCCCAUCUCACUUUCGCGCACCGCGAGUGAGCUACAAACCUCAUACUCCCAUCCUGGUGCCAAGACAAAGCCGGCAUUCCCCGGUUCCAACUUGAAUGACUCUCCUCAAGGUGCGGCCAGCCGAUCAGCGCUGCGCUCGGUCAGUGCAAUGGCCACCGGCUCGCCGAAUGUGCGCGCUGAGGAAGCUGAUGCACAGUUUGGCCCAGGAGCCCUUCCUGUUAUCCGUUCUGGAUCGCAUGCCAGAUCGCUCCAAUCUGGUAUGCCAGAGGCCCACCAGACCUCCGCUUCUUUCACUCCUCAGCUCAUCCCCCGCGAGCCAUCCAGUCCACGUCUUGGCCUUGAUCGAAACCCAGCUUUCCACCAACGCCACAUCUUGUCGGUCAAUCAAUUCUCCCGCCACGACCUCCAUGGGUUGUUUAGCAUUGCCCAGGAGAUGCGCACUCAGGUCGAGCGCAACGGAGUACUCGAUGUUCUCAAGGGCAAAGUGAUCUGCUCGAUGUUUUACGAGCCGUCGACCAGGACGUCGGCCUCCUUUGAAGCGGCCAUGUGUCGAUUAGGCGGCAGGGUUGUUUCCAUCUCGGCCGAUCAGUCGUCUACCGCCAAAGGCGAAAGCUUGCCGGACACCAUCCGAACUCUUGGAUGCUAUGGCGAUGCCAUUAUUUUGCGACACCCAGUUGCCGGGAGCUCCCGAAACGCUGCCAACGUCUCUCCCGUUCCGAUCAUCAACGCAGGUGACGGUGUAGGGGAACACCCCACACAGGCCUUCUUAGACGUUUACACGAUCCGAGAAGAGUUGGGAACGGUUAACGGACUGACGAUCACUAUGGUUGGAGAUCUGAAGAAUGGACGCACGGUUCACAGCUUGGUUAAGUUGUUGUGCCUCUACCAAGUCAACCUGAUCUUUGUCUCGCCUCGCUCGCUCGCCCUUCCGGAUUCGAUCAAGCAAGAGGUCGCUCGAGCUGGGAUUUCGUUCGAGCAAUCGACCAACCUCGAAGAAGUGAUCGGCAAGACAGAUGUGCUCUAUGUGACUCGUGUCCAACAAGAGCGCUUCACCAGUCAAGCCGAGUAUGAGGCCGUCAAGGGUUCAUAUCGCAUCAAUCACGACUUGCUCAGCCGCGCUCGUAAACAUACCAUCGUCCUCCAUCCUCUGCCUAGGAAUGCUGAGAUCGAUGCCGAGGUCGACCUAGACCCUCUCAGGGCAGCCUACUUCAGACAAAUGCGUUACGGCCUCUUUGUGCGCAUGGCUCUGCUCACUUUGGUUCUGUCACCUUAG